ACCUACAUCGGCCUUCUUCAACAUAGUGACCUCCAGGUGUAUUUGACUUCUGCUUCCUUGGAGUUACUCCAAUGUAUCUAAAGGCCAACAGCAUUUUGGAGACAUGACCGUCACAUAUUCCAGUAAAGUUGCAAAUGCUACCUUCUUUGGGUUCCACAGGCUACUUCUCAAAUGGAAAGGAAGCAUCUACAAACUGCUUUACCGAGAAUUUAUUCUCUUUGCCUGUCUUUACACAGCGAUAAGUAUAUUGUAUAGAUGUUUCCUUUCGGUAAGCCAGAAACGGUACUUUGAGAAAUUGUCCAUUUACUGUGACAAAUAUGCAGAACAAAUCCCAGUCACUUUUGUUCUGGGGUUCUAUGUUACUUUGGUGGUGAACCGUUGGUGGAACCAAUUUGUAAAUCUGCCAUGGCCAGACAGAAUUAUGUUCUUGAUCUCCAGCACUGUUCAGGGAAGAGAUGAGUAUGGUCGUUUACUCAGGAGAACUCUAAUGCGUUAUGUGAAUUUAACAUCUCUCCUCAUCUUUCGAUCAGUGAGCACAGCCGUCUACAAAAGAUUUCCAACCAUAGAACAUGUGGUAGAAGGAGGUUUUAUGACAGCAGAGGAAAGGAAAAUAUUUGAUGAUCUUAAAUCACCCCAUCUUAAAUACUGGAUCCCUUUUGUUUGGUUUGGAAAUUUGGCAGCCAAAGCAAGACAAGAUGGAAGGAUCAGAGAUAGUGUGGACUUGCAGACACUGAUGAAUGAGAUGAAUCGGUAUCGAUCAUGGUGUAGCCUGCUAUUUGGUUAUGACUGGGUUGGAAUUCCUCUCGUGUACACACAGGUUGUCACUCUCGCUGUUUAUACUUUCUUCUUCACAUGCCUAAUAGGACGUCAGUUUUUGGAUCCUGAUCAAAGCAUCCCAGGUCACGAUUUAGAUCUUUACAUUCCUAUCUUCACAUUGUUACAGUUUUUCUUCUAUGCAGGAUGGCUUAAGGUUGCUGAGCAGCUUAUCAACCCAUUUGGUGAAGAUGAUGAUGAUUUUGAAACCAAUUGGUGCAUUGAUAGGAAUCUCCAGGUUUCACUGUUGGCUGUUGAUGAAAUGCAUAUGAAUCUACCAAGAAUGAAAAAAGAUAUUUACUGGAAUGAUUCCUCAGCUCGUCCACCAUAUACAUUAGCAGCUGCAGAUUCCUGCAUUCCAUCUUUCCUUGGAUCAACUAUUGAAAUGGGCCUGGCAGACAGCCAGUUCUCCCAUGCAGAAAACUGGCUCUGGGAUGAUGAUAAACCCAGAAGGCAGCGUUCGGUGCUGCGAAAAGUGAAGCGCUUUCUGAGUGUCCGAGAAGUCUCUCCUUCCCCCAGCAGGAGGACCUACCAACGACAGUCAAGUGAAAGCUCAAUUUUUUUCCCCUCACAUGAAAUGCAUCAUAUCGAUACUUUGCUGGAAAUGCACUCUAGAGGGAGACACUUCCCCUUAAAUGCCAGGAAAAUUCAUGACUGGCCUGAUAAGAAUGGAAAAAUGCAUGGAAGUAUAGAUCUUAAAGUUAUUCGAGAAACCAGCAAGAAUGAUGCUCCAGAGACCUCCUACCAAUCCAGAAUGGAUAAGAGAAUUACCAAAGCAAGCUCACCAGUGGUUGAAAAGGCUCUUGUCAAAACUGAGAACAAAGAAACCAGAGUGGAUUCACAGAUGCACAACGUCUCCCAUGUCAUGACAGGAAGAGAUUUUGGCAGCCAAAGUGAGUCAGAGACAGACUCUGAAGGACUUGUGCUGACCCACUGUGGAUCACCCAAUAGUAAUGCAGAUUUGUUGGUAACGCCUUCAGAAACAAAACCUCUUCAUAUGGAAUCCAAGCAGCAGGAUUCAUCCUUGGGCAUGCCGAAAGGAGAUAAAUCACCCUCAUCUCAAAAGUCAUCUGUCAAUACAGCAGAUAAUCAAAGAUGGAGAUUCCCAGAUGUUCUUGCCCAACAUGAGGUGCUCAGUACCAAAGAACUGGCAACUUCCUCUGAAAAAAGCAACUUAAGCACAGAAAGCACACCGGCUUCUAGUCCUACUUCUCCAAAUACACUUGACAUACGCUACUUACUAGAGCAAGCAGAUAUUAAAGAAACCGAUAUUCUUCACAUAGCUGAGUUUAACAAUGAUCUCCACUCUACUAAAGAUCACCUCUGACAAAUAGAAAGCUAUGGACUCAUGGUUUUGUUAUGAACUCCUGGAAUGCAGAAUGUUAAUUUCCCUUGGAGAAACAAA